UCCUGUUACAGAGACUACACCAAUCUCUUUGAGCCCAUUGUUAUUGAUGAUGAUGAUGAUGAUGAUGGGAUUGAAUAUUUAACCGAAGACAAAAAGCAAGACCUGCCCCCAGAAGAACAUGCAGAAACAAAUGUGCAGCCACAUGAUAUUAUUGCAGAACUGGCCAUGGGUAUUGACCACAAGAAAGUCAGCCGGUUCAAUAUAUGUCGGACUGAUGUGUGGGAUGGAGCUGUUCGGGGCUUUCAGAGGAGCACAUACUCCGACAAGAAUGACAUGUUCAUCAAAUUUAACGAUGAUGCUGGCUGGUUGGAGGAAGGGUUGGACACAGGUGGCCCGAGGCGUGAGUUUCUCACGCUUCUCAUGGCCAUUCUGAGAAAUCGCCCAAUCUUUGAUGGACCCCCAGAAAGUCGUUACAUUGUGUGCAAUUCGAGAGCUGCCAGGGAAGAUGAGUAUUUUUUAGCAGGAAAGAUGAUUGCCGUAUGUAUUGUACAUGGGGGACCAGCACCACAUUUUCUCUCAAAGAACCUGGUCAACUACAUGAUAGGGAAUCCAAGUUUCAGCGCCACUGUUGAAGAUGUUAAAGAUGAGGAGAUAGGGAAAGUUCUGAAACAGGUCCUGGAAGCUGAUUCAGAUGAAUCUCUGCUAAAUGUAAUUUUGCAAAACAGUGGGAUGUUCCAAACUGCUGGAUGCUUCAGAGGGGUGAAGGCUUCUGAGAAGAAAGCUUUUGUAGAGGAGUAUCUCAGAUGGUACAUCCUUGACAGAAACCACAGUGCCAUUCAACGAUUCAAAGAUGGACUGGCAAGUCUUGGUUUUUUUGCUGCACUGCAGCAGCAUUCCAGUGUCCUGUCCCCAGUCCUAUGUUUCUCUGCCAAGGCUCUGACUGCUUCAGACUUGGAGACCAUGUUCCAACCAGAUCUCAGCCCUGUAGGAAGCAACAGGCGGCAAAAGGAGGGCAAAACAAUUGUCUUCUGGGCAGAUUAUUUGCUUGAUUGCGAAGAGAAAACAACUGCUGUAUCUCUAGAGGAAGUCCUUAUGUUUGCAACAGGUCUCACAACGAUUCCACCAGCAGGCAUGAUGCCAUCCCCACAUCUUGAGUUUUUGAGUGAUUCACCCUUUCCUAUUGCAAACACCUGUGCAAACACAAACUUUUGGAAAUGA